AUCUUAGGGAAUACAAAAAGAAUAGCACCGUGUAAAUGUUACCAAGAAAUAUAAUAAAACUGUAGAUGCCCAAUAAUUUGAACGCUACUAUUACAACUUUAAUCAUGAAUCGAGCUCCACCACCUUUCCCAAAUUUUCUUGUUCUGCACACUCUUAAUACAUGUUUUAUGGUUCUUUCUGUUGCUAGUGAAAAUUCACCUAACGCAGCAGUUCCUCUACAUUUUCUUCCUAUAAUGAAUGUGCUCGCUAUCGUGGCAUAUUUCUUACAGAUUUUGGAUUCAAGAAUUCCAUUCCUGCAACUUCUCUUUCCAGGUGCGGUAUAUAGAAAAAAUGUCGGGAGAGAUGUAUGGCGACUGUUGGAGAAUGAYCCGAGAAAGUUUUGGUACGCAAGUGGGGAUACAGUCAUUUCGCUCAACAGAGUUGUACAGGCAAUAGCUGCAGAAGUUGUGAAACCUCGGAUGUUGCCAAGAAUGCCGAUUUCUGGGCGAAGACGAGGCUGUAUUCUUGAUGUAAAAAACAGAGUUCUUCUUGCUGUAAUUUGGCUUAGAAGUUMCCCAACKUACUAUUCCCUAGCUUCACUUUUUUCAAUAAGUAAAAGCACCGUUCAAGAAGAAAUCUAUCACGUGGUUCCCAUCCUGUUUUURCGAUUUCAAAACUUCAUAACUUGGCAUAAUAUAAGACAAUGGUCUUCAUUUCUUGGAGUGUGGAGGAGUUUUCCUAAUGCCGUGGRUAUUGUAGACGCUACAAUACACMGCAUACGACGUCCUUCUGGAAGAAUGCAAGCUGAAUUUUAUCGGGGAGACAAGAAAACGCACUUUAUGUCAACACAACUAAUUGUUGAUGCGAAUGGUAUGAUAGUAAUGCUUAUCUCAGGUUUUCCUGGGCAUCUCAACGACGCUUCGACAUACCGAUAUCUACCUAGUAUCGGAUUUGGUCGGCAGCGCCCUCUUCCGAGAAACGCACGUAUACUUGCAGAUGGAGGAUACCCUGGUCAAAUACCUCUAGUUAGACCACAUAGAAUAGCAAGAAAUCGCCUCCAGAGAACGGCUAAUCGAAAGUUAAGGCAACUGAGAGUAAGCAUUGAGCACACAAUUGGUGCGGUAAAAGUUUACAGAUCGGUUAGUGAGGUUUUCAGGCAAAAGCGGAGCUUUUUACCUAUUGUUGUUACUACAUGUGGCUUGUUAACAAACAGACGAAAACUGUUAAUUUCACGAGCAYGGGCAUAAUUCCUUUUUCAUUAUAUGGGUACAUCGACUGAUAUCUUUCACAUGUCAGGCCAUCAACAAACGAGAAAACAGAAUGCUUUAUGAAGAUA